GGAAUCCUGAAUGGAUGAAAGGCCGGCUCUUGUUCUCGCUUUCUCCAUAUCUCUUCAUCACUAGACGGCUUGGAAUUCCUCUGUCUUCUCGCUCUCGCUCUUGGAGCUUGGAUUGGUUGGCUGUUCUUUCUCUCGUCCUUCACUUUCUCUGUUAAUAGUCUUCUCGUUGGUGUUUUGGAUCUUUGUGAUUGAGGAUUUGUGUGUUGAUUGAUUGGUUGAGAGAUUUAUGUAGGUUGGGUGAUUGGAAGAAAGAAGGAAUUUUUAUUUUUCAGCUGGAGAAUCUGGGUGCGGGUUCAAACGAUUGGUUUUGAGGGUUUGGAUUUGUGGUUCUGAGAUUUGGUGCUGGUUUUAGAUUGAAGUUUGAGGUGAAAGUUUGGAUUUUGAUAGCUAGAUGCGAGUAUUGGCAUAAAUUUAGUUCGUUUUUGCUGAAAAUGGGGUUUGAUUUCUAGUGGAGAUUGGAAGAGAGUGGCAAGCUUUGGUUCUAGUUUGUCUAGAAUGGAAGGUUAUGCUCCAGCAAAUGGGGGCAAUGGGAGCUUUACGCCUGAGGAUCCCUUCAGUCUCUCCGCUCUCAUGAAUUUCGAUUUCACUGAGCUAUGUAGUCCUUCUGCCUCUGCGGAUCAGGCCUUCAACUCCUUUUGGGCUUCCUUUGCCUCCACGAAUGCAUCUUCUGCUGCCAUGCCCGCUGUUGAAUCUCCUGUGAACUCCGCUGUCUCUAGAACCCAAAAGAUUGACUUUCAAUUCGGAUGCUCCUCUAAUAGUCCAGAAGUGAUGAAUUUGGGGAUGGAUCGAUCUGGGGGUUGUUUGGAAUCAGAUGGUGACCCAAUUUCAAAGAGUAGGAGUGACAUUGUUCCUAGAUGCCUUCCAAACUUUUGUCUUUCUGAGAAGAUGCUCAAGGCCCUAUCUUUCCUCAAAGAGUCCUCUUCUGGUGGCAUUCUUGCUCAAGUUUGGAUGCCUAUAAAGCAUGGUGAUGAUUUUGUAUUGAGUACAUCCGAGCAACCUUAUUUGCUAGACAAGAUUCUUGCUGGGUAUCGAGAAGUUUCAAGGACCUAUACUUUCUCUGCAAGAGAAGCCCCCGGUCAGUUACUGGGGCUCCCUGGUCGGGUGUUCAUGACAGAAAUGCCAGAGUGGACUUCAAAUGUGGUUUACUACAAAAAGUUUGAGUAUUUGAGAGUGGACCAUGCUGUUAAUCACUCAGUACGUGGUUUGCUUGCUGUGCCGGUGUUUGAUCCUACCAAGCGGUCCUGUUCCGCUGUUCUUGAGCUUGUGUCUACCAAUGAAAAGCCUGAUUUUGAUGCAGAGAUGGAUACUGUUUGCCAUGCUCUGAUGGCUGUGGAUUUGAGGACUGUCAAAGUGCAGCGGAGUCUGAAGACCCAUCAACAGAACCUUUCGAAGAGUCAGAAAUGUGCUUUUGCAGAGAUAUUUGAUGUGUUGAGAGCUGUUUGUUAUGCGCAUAUGCUGCCUCUGGCACUUACCUGGAUACCAUAUUCCUGUGAUGAUGCAAAUAUGGAUAGCUGCUCGAGGACCAGUUGUGAAGAUGAAAAUUCUGGUUUUAGAAAGAAAAGUAUGCUCUGUGUCCAGAGUUCAGCUUGUUAUGUGAAUGAUACACACUUGGAAGGGUUUCUACAUGUAUGUGCUGACCAACAUCUUGAGAGAGGCCAGGGCAUUGCAGGGAAAGCACUUCUAUCAAAUCACCCAUUUUUUUCUCCAGAUGUGAAGGGGUAUGACAUCCGUGAUUACCCACUUGCUCAUCAUGCUCGCAAGUAUGGCCUGCAAGCCGCUGUUGCAAUCAGGUUAAGGAGCACCUACACUGGCAAUGAUGAUUACAUUCUAGAGUUCUUUCUUCCAGUUAAUUGUGGAGGGAGUGCAGAGCAACAACUCCUGCUAAAUAACCUUUCUAGAACCAUGCAGAGAAUUUGCAGGAGUUUGAGAACAGUUUCAGAUGCUGAAAUUGUUGAGGCUGAUGGCCUCGGCAAGGGAAAAGAAUCAGGACCGAGUUCCUCUUCAGCGGAUGUUUCAUCGAAGAACUUGAGACAGAUAGACAGUGAUACCGAGUUGACAAAUUUUGAGAUUCAAAACAUGGGGUCUGAUGAAUGGGGGGAAGAUGGCCCUCAUGAUCAGAUGAAGCCUGUGCCGGUAAGACAAUUGGAGAAAAAACGUAGUACAGCAGAGAAAAAUAUUAGCUUGAGUGUCCUUCAACAGUAUUUCUCGGGGAGUCUCAAGGAUGCUGCUAAAAGCAUUGGUGUUUGCCCCACCACAUUGAAAAGGAUAUGCAGACAGCAUGGAAUUUCUAGAUGGCCGUCUCGCAAGAUAAAUAAGGUAAACCGGUCACUUAAAAAGAUCCAGAAUGUGAUAAACUCUGUCCAAGGAGUCGAGGGAGCACUAAAGUAUGAUCCUGCUACUGGAAGUCUUGUUGCAGCAGUCUCUCCUUCCAAGAAACCCUCUUCGUUAUCUGUAGGUUCAACUGAUCAAGAUUUAAUGCCGGUUUCAUUUACACAUCAUAUUGAUAGCGAACAGAUUCAUGGCAAGAUGGAGCACAACCGUUAUUUCAGCGGAAAUUCUCCAGGCCAAUUAGAUCAUCUUCUUGAACAAAAGUCUAAACCAGAUGAUGCUUGCGUUCCUCUGUUGAAUUGUUUCCCUGAACACAAGCCUAUUCCUUUCAAUGGAGAAGUAGCUCAACAGGGUAAAGUUAAUCUGACAACAUCCUGGGGAUCAUAUACCAAAAAUGAUCCCCGAGGUUCAGACAGUGCAAAAAUGAGAAACAACAGAAGCGCUGAUCGCAAAUCAGGUCUCAGUUUAGAGGUCCGUGACUUGUCAAGGAGCUCAGUCUCAUUAGCGGCGGCUGAUGAAAUGGCAAUGAAGAUAGAUGUGAACCAUAGCUUAAAAGAACGUAACCAUCAAUCAUCUUCUGGCAUGACAGACUCUACCAGUGAUAGUGCAUCAAGUUGCCGGUCAUUCAAGAAAAAAUCAAAGCGCAAGCCGGUCUCAAACGGCAUUGGUGUGGCCAUCACCAUGAAAGCCACAUACAAAGAAGACACAGUGAGGUUCAAGUUCUCACAGUCCAUGGGUUACCACUAUUUGCUCGAUGAAAUCGGGAAGCGGUUUAAACUGGUCAUAGGGACAUUCCAACUGAAGUACAUGGACGACGAGGAUGAGUGGGUGAUGCUCUCCAAUGACUCCGAUUUGCAAGAAUGUGCUGAGGUGUUGGAAUCCAUGGGAUCGAACAGCGUUAAACUCUUGGUAAGAGACAUCAGUCAUGCAGUUGGUAGCUCAACCAGCAGCAACUGCCUGUUAACGGAAACAUAACGAAAACUCUCGUUUUUUGCAUGCUUUUCUUGUACAGAGAAAGUAGGAAGUGUUCUUUCUUUUUUACUAGUACUUAGAUCCCAGAGUAUAAUAUAAUGACAUUCACAUAUCAAAAUGUAUAAUAUAUACACAAUGUAGAAUAAUAGUAGGUGCAGGAAUUUGUGUUGUUUGUUACAUUUUGCCAUAAUUUUUUUUUUUUUCGGUCUUUUUGUUUUUGUUUUAGUUAUAAUUGUUGAUUGAUGGUGUUGAAUGAGUAGAGGGUUGGUAAGGAAUGGAAAUAGCUUGCAGGAGUUUUUGCA